AUGAUGGACCAGCUCUGGCCAUACCUUUCACCCUCGUUGGCGAAUUUUCUCGAAGCCAAUGGCCUCCAAAUCAGCCCUGAACACGCCCAGUGGGCGGGCAUUGCCGCGAUCUCCUUAAUCGCGGGUUAUGUGGGGUACCUUUGGCAUCUGAGCGUCAAGGAAGCUGCUGUGAGCUUCAAUGUGCCUAUUCCAGUUGAGGUGCGCAAUUGCACAGAGGGAAAGCAAUGGGAGACGGUCGGCGGAAUGGAAAAGCGUGUUCUGGAUGACCAGGUUCGAGGGGUCUGGAGUGACAAGCUUAUUAUGAGCUAUUGCCCUGCUGAUGGACGUGUGCUCGGUAAUGGCAUCAAGCCAGCUACACCGGAGGAUGUCGAGAAUGCCGUGAAGGCUGCGAAGGUUGCUCAGGGCGAAUGGGCCACGACGACGUUUGCGCAGCGCAGACAAGUUCUUCGGACAUUGUUGAAAUAUGUCCUCGAUCACCAAGACGACAUCGUUACCGCAUGCUGCCUCGACUCCGGAAAGACCAAAGUGGAUGCCUCAUUUGGCGAGAUUCUUGUCACGGUGGAAAAGCUGAAGUGGACAAUUGAUCAUGGAGAAAAGGCUUUGCUGACUUCACGUCGGCCGACCAACUUGUUAAUGAUGUACAAGAAUAAUCUUGUCACUUAUGAACCGCUCGGCGUGGUGGCUGCCGCUGUGUCGUGGAACUAUCCAUUCCACAAUUUUAUCGGGCCCAUCAUCAGCGCAUUGUUCGCUGGAAAUUCAAUUGUUGUCAAGCCCUCUGAGCAGACGGCCUGGUCGACCGCGUUCUUCCUGGAUAUUGUGCGAGGCGCGCUGUCGAGCUGCGGCCACUCGAGAGAUCUCGUGCAGACUGUUGUCUGCCUGCCCGCUGUCGCCGACAAGCUUACCUCGCACCCGGACAUUGCUCACAUCACCUUCAUCGGCUCGCGACCCGUGGCGCACAAAGUCUGUGCAUCAGCCGCCAGGUCUCUUAUUCCAGUCUGCGUUGAACUGGGUGGUAAAGAUCCCUCUGUGAUUCUCGACGACGCCCGCACAGUCCGCAAUCUACCUACCAUUGCAUCCAUUCUCAUGCGCGGUGUCUUCCAAUCGGCCGGCCAAAACUGCAUCGGCAUCGAGCGAGUCAUCGCUCUUCCCGGAAUCUACGACAAACUCGUCGAAAUGGUGACGCCUCGAAUCCGCGCUCUCCGACUCGGCUCCAUCCUCCUCGACACCCCCAACGAGACCACCUGCACACCCGACAUGGGCGCCAUGAUCUCCCCUACCUCCUUUGAUAAACUGGAAGGUCUCAUCGCCGAAGCCGUCGGCCAAGGCGCUCGACUCCUCGCAGGCGGCAAGCGACACCACCACCCUCAAUACCCACACGGCCACUACUUCACGCCAACCCUCCUCGUGGAUGUCACGCCCUCCAUGCGCAUCGCCCAGGAAGAACUCUUCGCCCCCGUCUUCCUGCUCAUGCGCGCCGAAACCACCCACGACGCCAUUUCCAUCGCCAACUCCACCCUGUACUCUCUCGGCGCCAGCGUCUUCGGCCAUAACCCGCGCGACGUCAACGCCUGCGUGCGCGGCAUCAACGCCGGCAUGGUGGCCGUGAAUGAUUUCGGAGCCUACUACGUCGUGCAAUUGCCCUUUGGCGGCGUCAAGGGGUCGGGAUACGGUCGGUUCGCGGGCGAAGAGGGCCUGCGCAGUCUGUGUAAUACCAAGGCUCUCUGUCUGGACAGGUUCCCCAAGGUCGUGGGGACGGCGAUUCCGCCGCGCGUGGACUAUCCGAUUCAGAAACGGGAGGGUCGGGCGGGGGCCACAGAUGGGCCAUCUGCUUGGGAGAUGUGUAAGGGGAUUAAUGAGACGGGGUAUCAGAUUACUCUCGGUGGGCGGAUUGCUGGUCUUCUGCGGUUGUUGAGAAAUAUUUAA